AUGGUCGAGCAAACGGCGGGAGCCUCGUCAACUGCUGCUGCAGCACCGGCCGAGGAUGCGAAAACGCGUGCGCUGGCGGCCUAUCGGCGUAAGCUGGUCGAGUACCGUGAGGUGGAGGAGCGCCUCAAGCAGCUGCGCAAAAAAGAGCAGGAGAUGCAAAAAGAGCACGACAAGUCCGAGAAUGACAUCAAGUCGUUGCAGUCGGUUGGCCAGAUUGUUGGUGAGGUGCUCAAGCAGCUCACUGAGGAGAAGUUCAUUGUGAAGGCCACAAAUGGGCCGCGCUAUGUGGUCGGAUGCCGUCGAUCGAUCAACAAGGAAGCCCUGAAACAGGGCACACGUGUUGCAUUGGAUAUGACAACACUAACAAUAAUGCGACAGUUGCCACGAGAAGUCGAUCCAUUAGUUUAUAAAAUGAGCCAUGAAGAUCCCGGCAAUAUAUCUUAUUCGGAAGUGGGAGGGUUAAGCGAGCAGAUCCGUGAACUACGUGAGGUGCGGGCAGUUGCGUCGCAGCUGGAUUGUAACUUUCUCAAAGUUGUGUCAUCGGCCAUUGUGGACAAAUACAUCGGCGAAUCAGCGCGCAUGAUAAGGGAGAUGUUCAAUUAUGCGCGGGACCAUCAACCGUGCAUUGUGUUCAUGGACGAGAUUGACGCUAUCGGUGAUUUCUCAUAG